AUGUCUCUUGAACCUAAGAACGCUGUAAAAUACUAUAAAGAAGCACUAAGGGUUGCCGAUGAGAUGGGUAUGGAUCCAUUUUCUGAUGAGUAUCUUGGAAUCAAGAUCUCAGUUUGUGUUUUAUUGGAAAAGGUACAAGCCUAUGAUAAGGCUAUUGGUGUAUACGAAAUUAUGAGGGAUGAUUGUGGGAAAUGGAUGGAGAAAUUGGGAGAUUUGGAAAGGAAUAUUGGAAAGAGGACAAGAAUUCUUAGGAGGAUGAUAGAGAUCAGUGUUAAAAUUGCUGAUUUAUACAAUGGGGAAUAUGUUUUGCAGCCGGAUAAAGCAGAAGAAAGCUUGGUAUAUGCAGUGGAGACUAUAUUGAAAGAACAAAUGAGAAGACAAAAAGAAGGAGUUAGACCUGGAGAAGAAGUUUGGUUAUCGGAUGAAGAAAUGGGUGGGACUUUUGAAACUCUGGCACACCAUUACGAGGCAACAGAUAAGCAUCAUCUCGCUGCACCAUUAUUUCUCCAAGCUAUAGCACUAUCUACUCCCGCUACCUGCCACACAGCCAUAUUAAUGAACAAUCUCUCUAUAUCAUUAGCUCAACAAAAUCCCCCACCAGAACCAGGUCAACCCAUAAUAUCCCGCUCUCAACAAAUCAAAAUUGCCCGCGCAUGGGCCACUAAAUCUUUAGAAAUAUGCGCCAAAAUAUCACCACCAGAAAGAACUGAAGAGUGUGAUAUAGGUUGUGCAGUGGCAACACAUAAUCUAGGAGAAUUCGCCGAAAUGGAUGGAAAUAUACAGGAAGCUAGGAGAAGAUAUGAAGAAGCGAGAAGUUUAGCGAGUGCGAUGGGAUUUAAGGAGGGUGAAGCACAGAGUGAAGAGAGGCUGGCAAGGAUUAUUGGAAGCUCAGAGAUUAUUAAUAAAGGGUAA